AUGGCCGGUUUCAUUCUCAGAGUUGCCGCCGCUCUGGUGGCGGUAUUGGGUGCCCUGCUGUACCAGAUACAGUUUCCGCGCAUGGUGAAGCUUGGCUUAGGAAUCGGUCGGACCCUCGAGCCAUUGAAUUCGUUCCCGUACACAUGUCGUCGGGUCUACCAUGACCGCCUCAAGGCGUGCGAGGACAUGUGGCUGUCCGAGUCGACAAGACAGCUGUUCUUGGCGUGUUCCGACCCGUUGUCGAGGGCACAAUGGAUGCCCAACAUGGGCCAUUUCAAUGUAUCUGGCAUGAAUCUAGACGAUUCUAUUGUUGUGAUCGAUGUCGAUGAUCUGAAAGCCGGGAGUGACGUCGAGCCUCGCAUUCUAAAGAGACCCGGCUUCUCCGGCACCAACGGAGAUGGGCGCAUCCACCUGGUCGGGAUGACAGGUGUGGACGACGGGGACGGAAGCAUACGGCUUUGGAUCAUCAACCUGAAGCCAUCUGUUGACCCGGCUACCGGCGAAGUACUGGACCAACACAAGGUCGGCCCGAACUCUACGGUCGAGCUCUUCCGCACAGGCUCUAGAGCUGAGCAGCUUGAUCACGUGACGACGUUCGCGCACCCGCAGAUCGGGAGUCCCAACAGGAUCGCCGCAGUGGGCGGAGAUAGCGAUAACUUCUACUACACCAACGAUCAUGGAGUUGCGAAGGUCGGACUGAAACAUCAUCUCUCCCCCCUGAUCGGCUCUGGCGAUGUCUCAUUCUGCAAUGGUUCAGAGUGCCGACGAGUCGUAGCAGGACAGCACUUUCCCAACGGUCUGGCAAAGGGCCAGGACGGACUUAUCUACGUGCCCAGCUCAUUGCACGGCACUGUCGACGUUUACCAGCGGCAGCCCAAUGGAGACCUUGUCCUGAAGGAUAGCAUCGACGCUGGAUACUCGCUGGACAAUCUUUCCCUGGAUCGCGAUGGCAACUUCUGGGUUGCUGCCUUCCCAGACAGCAUGAAGUUCUUUGCCGCAAACAGCGACCCCUACAACAAGGACACGCCCACUACCGCGCUCAAGAUCAGCAAGAAGGCGGACGGCGGUUACGAGGUCACGAAGGCUCUUGAAGAUGGCCUGGGCGAGGUCCUACCCGGGGCUACGACUGUGGUUCAUGAUGUCGAGACUGGCCGCGUGUUUUUCAGCAGUGUAUUUGCGCCGUAUAUCGCAGUGUGUGAACCCAACUGA